GGGACGUUCGGGGGUGAAAUCCCGGUGAAUCAAUACGGGGAUGUCCGCCGGUAACCAGGCAGUCGGGGCUCAUCCUUUGCGAGGAACGUGUCGGGGAUCCACGCGCACGCUCAGUUACGUCGGCAAUACUCAUCAGAACAGUCCAUUGCACUCGAGUCUUCAUCGUCGUCAUCGUCGCCGUACCUCAGUUCUGAUUCUUCUCGUUUGUCCUAAAAUCAAGAUCUUUACGAGGUUGAAGUGCGCCGAUUGGAAAAGAACGGUGGUGGUAUCAUCAUACUUGAGAAGAGACGACAAUGCUAGAGAAUCUCUCGGGUAACUGACCUUGUGCAACAGCGCAAAUAUUUGACAAGAAACUGCUGCUACAGGAAUCUUAAGACGAUCAAAGAUCUACGGAACUCGAAAUUGUCCGCAAUCUUCUCGUUUAGAACUAGAGAAACGCGUAAUUCUCCCUCGGGUACACGUUCGAAUCGUUUCGUCGAGGACAUUCUUCGACGUAGGACAUUAUCAAACGUAAAAUUAGACAAGUCGACGGGAGGUGAUUAGACGGUCCCGCGAGCUCUAGCAAAGCCACCAAUUUUUAUCAGCAUCGCUAAGCAGUUGGUCCAAUCCUAUCCCGGUACCACGAUCGAAUCAGUAGGCAUCCGCCAGGCCGCCGCCAGGCUAUUAAGACGUCUGGUAGGCGCGAGUGAUUGGUCCUUCUGCACGGAUUUACCGAAACACCCCCAAAACGGCAACCCGUCGUCGUCGUGGUGCUACCGGGGCCCCGCCGUUAGCCGCGAGAGAUCGCGAGAAGAGAGCUUGGGAGGAUCGGCGGGAGGAUCGGCCUGUUCGUACGCGACUCGCACCGAUCCCUUGUACGCCGCUUGCUGGCGGCCCAGUGAGAUGGAGGAGAAGUCCUCUGCCCGAUUCUCCGAGUAUCUGUUCGCCAAGAUGGGCGGGCAGGACGUCUCGGCCUCUCAGGGUCCCCGUAAGGUGACCGCCGACACCAGAAAGUGGAUGCGAGAGAACCUGCUGCUCAUGGUCACCCUUUCCGGCGUUCUCUUCGGCAUAAUUCUUGGAUUUGGUUUACGACCUCUGGACCUUGGGGAUGAUGCGGUAAUGUUGAUCAGCUAUCCCGGAGAGCUUUUCAUGAGAUUGCUAAAGCUGAUGAUUUUACCUUUGGUAAUCGCCAGUCUUAUAUCGGGUUCAGCGAGUUUAAACGCCAGGAUGAACGGAAUGAUCGCUGUUCGUACUCUGGUGUACUUCAUACUGACGUCCUUGCUCAAUGCUGUUCUCGGUGUAGUCCUGGUCCUCGUUAUUCAUCCCGGUAAUCCUGGUAUCAGAGAAUCGAUUGGGCCGUCGCAUCAUGCGAGAGCCGUUAACAUACUAGACAGCCUGCUCGAUUUAGGAAGGAACAUGUUUCCAGAUAAUUUGUUCCAAGCAGCUUUUCAACAGGCACAUACAGUAUACGUUCCAAAAAAGCAACCAUUCCAGAAUAUUACUGACCAACUACCAACGGAAGUUUUAGGAGACGAAGAACUGAUAAGAGUGAUACAAUAUAGAAGCGGGACGAACACUUUAGGCAUAGUUUUCUUCUGCCUGGUCUUUGGUACAUUUCUGGGAACGCUCGGUGAAAAAGGUCAAGUUGUCAUAGAUUUUUUCAAGGCUGUGUUUGAAGUCAUUAUGCGAAUGGUCUCAACCGUUAUGUGGAUGACACCAAUCGGCAUCACCUCUGUAAUAGCAGGCAAAAUACUCGGCGUGGACGAUCUGGUACUGGUGAUGUCGCAGCUAGCAUGGUUCAUCGUCACGAUCGCGAUCGGUGUCUUUCUCUAUCAGCUGGUGAUCAUGCAGUUAAUAUAUAUGGCCUUCGUUAGAAAGAACCCCUUUAAAUUCUACGCCGGCCUCGCCCAGGGUACUCUCACCGCCUUCGCCAUGGCAUCAACGGCUGCUGCACUUCCUGUGACUUUUCGUCUGAUGACCGAGAAGCUCAGAGUCGACCCUAGAGUCACCAGGUUCGUCUUGCCAAUCGGUUGCAAUAUUAACAUGGAUGGUACCGCACUCUUCGUCGCUGUGGCCAGCAUAUUCAUCGCCCAGAUGAAUGGGAUUUUUUUGGGUUUCGGCGAGAUUAUCACCGUUAUUCUGACAUCCACCGCUGCUUCUGUAUCGUCGGCCUCAGUACCAAGUGCUGCGCUUGUCCUGUUGUUGGUUGUGUUAAGCGCCAUUGAUGCUCCUGUUAAUGAUGUUUCUCUUUUAUUCGCGAUCGACUGGUUCGUAGAUCGCAUAAGGACCACCAACAAUAUGCUAGGAGAUUGUUAUGCCGCUGCAGUAGUUGAGCAACUGUCGAAAAAGGAACUGAUGGCAUUGGACGCAGCAGCCUAUCAAUCGGAGACUGUGCUGCCAACCACAAUCGCCAAUGGAUGUCUUUCCGCUAACAGGGUACCUGAUCCUGACACCGUCGUUGUCGAGAUGCAAGAUGACACACGAAUUGCGGGGAUCGCCAAGUAAACACGCUUGUUGCCUCGGAGUUUUGCACAUGUCGAGAAGUAUAACAGAAGAGACCGUUUGACUAAUCGUUAACCCCACAAAAUAAUUUACGUAGAACCUUGUUAAAACAAGCGAAUCGACUUCAUCUGUUUAAACAAGCCUAUUCAACGAGGAUCAAAAACAUACGUUGCGCCAAAGGCGUGUUUAGUUCCUCUGCUUCUCCUCGUUUUAAUAAUUUUCGAAGUUUGUAAGGAUUUUCUGCAAGGAGUUCUACAAGUGGCAAACUGUAAGAACUCUGCAGGAAAUACAAUCGCCAAUAUAAGAUUCAAAGUCAAUAACAAUAGAGAAUGUGUUACGUGACGCAGGCAUAGAGAGGGAGAGAGCAAUAAGAAUUAAUAUAUUGUACUUUGAAACUUUGGUCGAGACUUCUCUCCAAAGACUCGAGAAGAAAGUGCGUUUUAUUAAUCACUAUGAUGAUAUCAACUACUACGCUCGACGUUGUAUAAGUAAAGAAUCGGGAUAUAAAUCGUCCAAGCAUACACCAUUCUGAGAAAUUAAACUAGAUUGAGAAAGAGAUUUUUAAUCGGACCGACUUACACCCGCAAAUAAACAAUAGUUGACGAUCCGUAGAUAAAGACUCAUAAUUAUAGCGAAUCACAGAGAUCACCGAUUCUAUUGCAUCUUCAGGGAUCAGUGAUCGUUUCUAUGAUCGAUCGCAUAAACAGCGUCGAAUGUGGUGCCUUAUUUCGAAGCGCCAAUCAAGGGUAGGCGCGAUGAAAGUAAAAAAAUUUCUCGAGUUCUCUUUUUUUUUUUUUCACGUGUACCCUUGUGUCAUGAUCAUGUGUAGUAUUAGAGGCCAAUCCUUGACGCUUUUUCGAUGUCUUUAGAAUGUCCUAGCCCAGAAUAUGAGGAUCGUGCACGACUGUCUUCAGUGACGCGACAAAUGCAACUUUUUCUAUUGAGGAUAAAUAAAUUUUUUUAUCGGUGAUUGGAGAAGCUUUAUGUGAUAACUAUUAGAUAGCUACGUGUAUAUCUACACAUAUCUAGGAAAUACACAACAAAUACAUUUUGAUUAUCUUAUAUAUGAUUAUAACGUACGACUUACAAUUAGAGACUGCACUCUAUGAAGACCACUCGCUUCGUAUCCCGUAUUAAUUACGUCACUGAUUACAAAUAAAGAGAAGGAAAUUAAUUAAUGAUUAUAUAACAAUAAUACAGGUUUAGUGGAGAUCAUAUCGCACGCAAAAGAUAUGGCAAAAGAAGACUUGUAACCGGGCAUAGGACUUUAAAUAGAUUUUAGAAGUCAUAUCGAAUUAACUAUCGGACCAUUAACUGACAGAAAAACUGGUGCAUAGUACCACUUUAGGUGUUCUACUUUAAAAAAAUGAAAGAGAGUGCUUGAGAUAGAAGUUUAUGUAAAUUUUGUAUGUAAAUUUUGUUACAUAUAAAAUCGGGUACGCGGUUUUAAAAAAUUAUAUCUCUACCACCUUAGCAAUCGAAGCUUUCCAAGAAAAAUUUAAUAUCAGAGCAAUGAAAAAACUUCAAUAACUUAUGUUUUCACUAAUCAUAAUUAUGAAUCUUUAAAAUUCUGUCUCAUCGCACUCUUUUUUAUUAUAGUGCUCCCCCUCCCCUUCCCCCUCCCCCUCCCCUCCUGCAUAGAAUAAUAUACCUUCCAGUAUAAUAUUGUCCACUCGGUAGUUUAGGAUAAACAAAAUUCGUGUUUUUUUCGAACUUAUGUGGAAGACCAUAUACUAAUUCUCCUAUAAUCUAAUGAUGAAAAAAAUGGAAAAUUAAAUAGCGCAGCUCAUUAUCGAGCGGCAACAAGACUGGAUACACAAUAUAAUAACCGUUUUGCUAGAUAUAAUAUAAUCGGGUAAACGAUUCCUAUAUGGUUUCGCUGAUUCUAGGCACUAGAUAGAUAGGUCGAUACGUGUUUCAUCGUAGAGACUGUUUAAAUGUACAAAUUAUUCAAGUACAUAGUAUUAUUAGCGUUUUUAGUAAUUUUAAAUGUUUAUCCAUUCGUAUAAAUUGCAACCAAUUAUUCUAGAUUUUCAUCGUUAAUUUUUCCGGGGUGAAUAAAUAACAUUAUUUCAUAUGUCCUUACGAAGAAAAUCACUUGUUGUUACUCGACCCCAAAACAAAUACUAGCUACAUUGAAUUAGAUUAUUUUAGCUUAAAUAUUAUUCAAAGUAAGCAGUUCACCAAAUAUAAACUUAACCAAAAUAAAUCGUAGAAAUAGCAUUUAUAUUUUAUCAUAUAUACAUAUAUGGAAAUUAAUCAUUUAUCUGAAUAAAAAUAAAUCGGAAAUUAAAGAAAUUAGAAGAAUCAGUAGUUUAGUUAUGUAAAAGACAGAGAAGAAAGCGUUGUUAAUUACACAUAAUUAAUAUAUAAUAAGUUCUCUUUUGAUUAAUUUAUAAUAACAGAGUUUUGUUAAUAAUGAUGUUAAUUCUGAAUUUUAUUUAGAGCAUCUUGCCAUUCUUCCGAGUGAUACAUCGGAUAUUUCUGUUACUCGGCACGUUUUAUACUCAAGUAUUGAUAAAGUGAGACAACGUAAUGUAGUCAUGGGAAUAAAACGGGCAGAGAGAACAUGAAAUAAACUUAUCAAAAUAAUCUGAAAAAUACAUGUAUACUUAUAAGGCUCAACGUGUUGUAUAACAAAAAACAGAUUUAUAUGUGGAAACACUUUGUCUUUCUCAUUAAAUAUCAUCAAAUCCCUG